AUGAUGUACUCUCUAUUUCACCGCAGAGUGCUCAACAUCCGCGGGCCAAAGUUGAGCAACGGCAAGACGUGGCUCGCGUUGGACAGUCAAAGUUACGAGUACUUCUGCUCUCGGGGCAAGAUUGCCAGUGAAGACACUAGGCCGUCGAUCUUCAGCUUCGACUAUCUGGCUAUGCCAAUCUACGGCGGCUUGCUCGGCAUGGCCUUCGAGAAGGAGCACGGAAACCGACCUAUAGAGGAGAUGAAUUCGAGGCUCGGGAGAUUCCAGCCACACGUCAUGGAGCCCCCCUCGUGCUUUCGGGUGUAUGGUGCCAAUGUGUUGAGUGCUACAUUCUGUAUGUGCCUGGUGCGUUCAGUUUUGUUUACCGCUGCAUGUGCCUUUGCUGCCUUGCAGGCGUGGCAGAUGCCUUUGCAGCAGAACGAUGUUGACUGCGGCAUCUUCGUCUGCCAGUACAUUCAUGCGCUUGUGGAGGCGUGUUUCGAAGGAGCUGAGAACGGGGUGCGGUUCAGCAUGAGCCCGUUGGCGUACCGACGUGGGUUACGGGAGGAUGUAUGCGCUCUUGCAGAAGGGCGGCUGAUCGGCGAGCUCACGGCAGCUGGGCAUGAGAUCCCUCCUGGUAACGAGAUCAGGAAACCGCAUGAGGCUGAGGUGAUUGGCGAUGAGGUGGAGGAUAAGGAGUGGAGAGCGGAGAUGGCUGAACGGAUGCAUAGGCUGGAGGUUCGCAAUGAGGGUCAGGCGGUGGCUAUUGCCAAGCUCGAGAGGCAGUUGCGUGAGCUGAUGCUUUCCCGUGCUCCGCAGCAUGGCGUUGACGGCGAGGCUGCAGGGGAGGCACAUGGUAAUGAGGCAGGGGACGAUGGAGCUGGUGAACAGGCAGGUGUGGAAGGCAAGGGUAGGGUCAAUGCUGGCACACACGACAGCAUGGGAGCGGCACAUGGAGAGGGUACUGUGGCUGCGGGUGCACCGAGUAACAGUGCGAAUGUGGGGGUGCGUGCUGAGGGUGCUGGAGGCUUGCUGGGUGCUGGCGAGGCCGUGGGGGCUGGCGAGGCCGUGGGGACUGGCGAGGCCGUGGGGGCUGGCGAGGCCGUGGGUGCUUGCGAGGCCGUGGGUGCCGGCGUGGCCGAGGGUACUGGGCAUGGGUUGACAGCCUCGAACGCCGAUGUGGAUUUGGUGUCAGCAUACAGCGCAGGGACAGAGACGACGAGUCGCAAUAACGCGCGUGGUAGAGCUCCUAGCUCAGGUUAUACAGGAGUAAGUAAACGGGAAGGUAAAUGGGUGGCGAAGCUGUGUGUAGAUGGUCCUAGAGGCAAAUUUUUAGCGCUGGGACGGUACACCGACAUUCUGGAAGCCGCAACAGCCUAUGCCGCGGCCGCUCACAUCUGCCGACCGUCCCUCUCCGGCUCAAAGAUGGUGGAGUUGAACGAGGAGGACAGGAGGUGCUUGGAGGGUUUGACGUUGAAAGGGGUUGAGCGGAUUGUGGAUGCCAAGCGGUGGCCGGAGUGGAGGAACUGGCGUGCAGUGCUCAGCAGCCUCCCUGAGCCUUCCACCCCAGCGGCAGCAGGAGUUCACACACAGGCCCCACCUCCCUUUUCCCACCAGCAUCCUGGAGCCACGUUUGGCUACCAUCAGCCAGCUGUCGCCUUCGCGGGACACGCCGGUGCGACCCCAAACCAAGGUGGAUGGCAGCCGUACAGCCAGAGCCACCCUCCUCCCAACCUCCAUUAUCCAUCCCAGCCAUUUCCAUUCAACCAUGUCCCAAUCCACCCAUUCGGCCAAGUGCAAGCACCUAUUUCUGUACACCCAGUCCGUGCAGUACCCAUUGCUCCCAACCCUGCAGGCCAUACCGCAGCACAGAACACAGCACCCCAUCCGCAUGUCCUACCUACACCACCAGCCGUUGCACCCAGCACGGCACAACAGGGAACAGACCCACACGCCCACCAGGUUCCGCCCUCUGAGGAAAAUGCACAGGCCAGGGUAGCUGCCAUGACAGAUUCCCAGCACAGUCUAAGCAUGCCCACUGCACCCAACGACCCCAACCCCCCGUCGCACGGCUCCGCACUGGCAAGUGAGCCAGCAACAGGGGCAGCAGACGACAUCAUCGAUGCCUUCCUAGGUCAAGCAACGCAGUAA